AUGAAUUGGACAGAAGUGUUCCAAAGUGACUCAAAACAUGAUGUUUCCCUGGCAGAUGCCUUUUCAGCUUUAAGCAUUUCAAGAGUCGGUCAGGGUCACAAAGAUGUCCGUCUUGUUCAUGAAAGUGCGAAGCUUUACGGGAAGGCACUCAAAGAGCUCCAGCUCGCGCUCUUCGACCCCGAACGGAUGUAUUCCGAUCAUAUCCUUAUGGCGUGUAUGCUGUUAGGGCUUUACGAAGUCUUUGAGGGGCCGGCAUUCAAUUCGCGCAGUUGGGUGUCACAUGCCACGGGAGCGGCUCGAUUGAUUCAGCUUCGUGGUGCCAGGCGCCAUCAGACUUGGAAUUCUCAUCACCCCUUUUUGGCCUCGAGAAUCCCCACAGUCUACGCUGCGAUUUUACAAAGAAAGGCCACGUACUUGGCUACUGAGGAAUGGCGAACGAUACCCUGGGAAUUCCAGCACAGGACCUAUUUCGAUCGGAUGGUUGACCUUGGUACCUUCAUUCCAGGCAUCCUGGAGAAGUUUGACAUUCUUCAGGAGUAUGAUGUGGACACGACUGCUGAGCUUGCUGCCCUACUGGAGGAAUGCAGCGAACUACAGAGAAAAAUGAACAAAUGGAGAGACGGCACGAAGAAGGGUGCCUUGCCACGAAUCGUCGAACAUGACCCAGUUGAACAACCAGCUUAUCCUUUUGCCACAGAUCUGUGGUUCGAAAACCACCUCUUCGCCCACGCACGUCUGGUCUAUCAUACAUGUUCGCUGGCCUUGAGCCAAGUGGGCAAUGAGAUUUUGAAGUCGCUCUAUCUUAGAGAUCAAAAAAGACUGAAAUCUAUGGAUGCCCCGUUCGAGGAGCUAUUCGAUGCGGAUGGUCAAGCGGCCAACGUCUGCCGGUGUGUUACCUAUUGCCUGCAACCUGAAAUGGGGGCGUGGGGCGCCAACAUCAUCAAUUUCCCAGCAAAUCUAGCUCUUGCGUACUAUCAGAAGACGCGUCACACAGCGGCUAUCAACUGGCUUGAAAAGGCUUUCCAAAGCACAAAAUCGAGAGGUCUCCACGUGGAGAAUGUCUUCGAUGUGAUUCUGCCUAGUCUUCGAGAUCGAGACGAUCAAAUGCGAUUUUUGAAACGAGAAUCCAGUACUGAAUCGUCGGAUAGCAGCGAGCACUCGCCAGCUUCGAACCCUAGUGUUGCGAGUCACACGCUCUCUCAACACAGUCUAUCGAGCAAUGCGACGACUAUAUUCGUCUAUGAAGAUCCCGCCAAAGACUACGAUACCGGCUACGAACCCGAUUGA